AUGGUCGUCUAUUCAUUCUACAUCUUCGACCGGCAUACGGAAUGCAUCUACUCCAAGACCUGGCUUCCAACCACCGCCACAGCGCAUGAUCCUCAGGCCACCGGCGCGUCACACCAGCUCCGGGCAUCAACAGCCGACGACGCCAAGCUCAUCUUCGGUACCGUCUUCUCGCUACGUAACAUGGUGCGCAAGCUCGGGGGCGAUGAUGACGCCUUCGUAUCGUACCGCACCGCACACUACAAGCUGCAUUUCUACGAGACGGCCAGCAGUCUGCGUCUGGUCAUGUUGACGGACACGGCGACGUUGAGCAUGCGGAAUGUGCUGCAUCAGAUAUAUAUCAACUUGUGGGUGGAAUAUGUGGUCAAGAAUCCUCUCUCGCCGGUCGAGCACAAGGCUGGUGCCGGUGUGAAGAACGAGCUAUUUGAGCUAGGACUUGACCAGUUUGUCCGAGGACUGAUGUGA